AUGUCCUACGAGCUUCGAAGUUUGUCGAAUGAUGAAGAAAUAAAUUACGAUUUAAGUGAGGUAAGUAGACAAGUCUUGAUUUUGACAUUUUUAGGAGACGGUAGAGACUGCGUAUGGUCCAAUUAGAGUCGUCAUUUACGGAGACAAGACCAAGAAGCCAAUCAUUUCUUUUCAUGAUAUUGGAUUAGAUGGUGAGUUAAGAUCGGUUUUAAGUAGACAAAUUAUGCUGACUUGUUUCUCUUAAGCAGUACUAUUGAAUAAUAUCAGUGCUUGAUUCAGGGGUUUUCGAAGGUACUGGUUACGAGAAUCGUGUUAACUUUUCCUCUUUAUAGUACUAUACAAUACUACCUGAUACUAUGCAGUACGAGGUGAAAAUUUUGGCCUUUAGGCGUUGGUGACGUUGUUCUUGUGCCUAGUACUCUUAUCUUCACCUGGUACUAUAUAGUAUCAGAUAGUAUACUAAAUAGUACCAAGUCGUUAAAACGUGUUUUUGAUUAGUACUAAGCACCAAAACAACACCAUUAACGCCUAAAGGCCAAAUUUUCACCACGUACUACAUAGUAUCAGGAUUGGGCCCGGUUUUGUCCCCAAGGCGUUUUUGUCCCAAAGCAGGAUAGUACAAUUAAAAAUUAUGCAUUCAGAUGUUAAGGUUGUUGGUUUGGUGCACUGUACUGCUCAAAAAACAUGUUCUUAGCGCGUGGUACUGUAUAGUACGAGGUGGUACUGUAUAGCACGAGGUAAAAAUUAAGCUUGAAUGCCGUUUUUUGGUAUGCAGUACUGAUCAAAAGUUCAUUUUGUGCAAAAUAAAUUCGUGCUAUAUAGUAACAAAUGCUAAAACACAUUUUUGAGAAGUACUGGGCUUCAAACCUAUAGCAUUGACGUGUUAUGGCUUAAUUUUUACCUCGUGCUAUAUAGUACCACCUUGUACUAUACAGUACCAAGAGUUAAAUAUAUAUGUCGCACUGCAGGAUGAGCCAAGUCUUUCUCCUUGGAUGGUCAACUCUUCCUCUCAAAAUUCUUUAUUGUCAAGAUUAAUAUAAACUUCUUUAUGUUUUAAUCUGCAUAUUUCGACAGGACAAUAACCCCAUAAGUAAGUUAAAUUAUCCCUCUUUCUGACUCUGCAACAAUUUUUUGCAUUACAUAAGUUUAUCCUUGCGUAUUUAGACAUUGUAGUAGGUAUAUAAAUUUAGCUGAAUGCGGUUCGUUCUUGCGAUUCCAUGAACGAAAUUUGAAAGUCUUCCCCACAAAAGAACCGGCGUCGAGCCUUCUUGGUGCCAGAAUUGUUUCAGCAUGAAAGGACUUACAGUUUUUUUGUUGAUUCGAUUUUCGAUAUUACACUAGGUACUUUUAUCAAGUUGCAGGCAGAAUCUAAUGUUUUUGAAGUUUAAACCCGGAAAACUACAACGCUGAGCCAUUACUAAACCGUCCCCAACAUAAAUAUUCUUUCAAACCCGGGUUUGAGAUGUCUUAGGGUCUAAGUGAUCAAGUACAACGUGGAUCUAAAAAAGUCUCAAAUACCUCUCAUUCUGUUCUAAACAUGUUUUAGAUCGACCAGGGACCUUUUAAAUAUGGUUUGCGAAGUAUAAAUACGCAUCUAUGGCCGCGGAUACAUCAAAAUUGUUCCAUACCUAAAAUCUGAAAAAAAAUUAAAAAAGACAAUAAAAGGGGGGGAAAUCACUGUUACGACGUUAAGAAUGCUAAAAUAAAGUUUUAUUGUCCAUGUAGACCUUACAUGACGUAAAACGUGACCUAAUCUCGCCUUAAACUUACAAAAGUACCUAGUGUAAUAUCGAAAAUCGAAUCAACAAAAAAACUGUAAGUCCUUUCACGCUGAAACAAUUCUGGCACCAAGAAGGCUCGACGCCGGUUCUUUUGUGGGGAAGACUUUCAAAUUUCGUUCAUGGAAUCGCAAGAACGAACAGCAUUCAGCUAAAUUUGUAUACCUACAACAAUGGCUAAAUGCGCAAGGAUAAACUUACGUAAUGCAAGAAAUCAUUGCAUAUAUAGAAAGAGGGUUAAUUUAACUUACUUUUCGAGUUAUUGUCCUGUCGAUGUAUGUAGAUUGAAACAUAAAGAAAUUUAUAUUAAUCUUGACAAAAACAAAAUUUUGGGAGGAAGAGUUGACCACCCAAGGGGAAAGACUUGGCUCAUCCUGCAGUGUGUCGGCUUGGGUUAGUUAUAUUAGGUUUAUUUAUAUAUUAUAACCUAAACCCAGAGAUAUGGGCUCGGACGCGACCGUCCGGCAUUCUCACUUAUUGAAUUCUCCUUUGAUCCGAUCCUCGAUCUUGCCAGAUCGAGGUGGGCGGAGUUUAGACUUGGGAUUACAAUGGUAGAUAGAUAUUGUACAUUCAUAUGAGACUGUUAGAGAAUCUCACACUAGCGCUGAGAACAUGUUGUUUGAGCAGUACCGUGCACCAAACCAACAGCAUUAACAUCUGAAUGCAUAAUUUUUAAUUGAACUAUCCAGCUUGGGGACAAAAACGUCCUGGGGACAAAACCGGUGUGGGCUCAAAAUAAUAAAAGGUGGGGACAAAAACUUCCUGGGGACAGAACCGGCCUGGGGACAAAAAGGCUCGAAAAAAGUGGGGACAAAAACGUCCACUGCGUUUCAGGUAGUUCUAUAUGCCCCCAAUCGACUAUUUGUAGAAAAAAUACAAAAAAUUACAUUUUUACAAAAAUAGGUCUUUUUUUCUCCGGUCAUCAAUUUCUCUCUUUGUAAAAAAUCUGCCUUUCUCUUCGCCUCCUCUUUUUUUGUUAUCUUUUCUUACAGUCAAGAUCCGGCACUUUUUUUACGAUUGGUCGCGCGAAUAUUAUGUCUUAUAUGACUGAUCGAUGUUCAUUAAUAUCGCGAAACUCUUGUUUUUAAUAUUUUUUCCUUUCAGCAAAUGGAAAUUUCCAAAACUUCUUUCAAUUUGGAACUGCUACCGAAUUAAAUGAUAGUUUUUGUGUGUUUAAUAUCAACGCCCCAGGACAAGAAGCGGAUGCUAAACCUUUUCCUCUAGAGUAAGUUUGAUUGAUUGUGAGUCUUUACAAGUGCUUGUGUCGGUUUUAUGAAAUUAUUUUUAGGUAUGAGUUUCCUUCGAUGGAAGGCUUGGUUGAUGUUAUCGAUUCUGUGGUCAGACACUUUAACAUAAAAUAUUUUAUCGGAUUUGGAGUUGGAGCUGGCGCUAAUGUUCUUCUGAGAUAUACGGUGUGGAAUUGGGUUGAGAGUGUUUUUUUGAAGGGAUUCAAAUAAUAAUUUGAUCUCUUUCAGCUAAAAAAUCAAUCGAAGGUUGAAGCUCUGGUCUUGAUCAAUGCUGUUAUUUCUCGGGCUGGAUGGAUUGAAUGGGGCUACGAAAAGGUUAGUUUACGAAUAUUUUGGAUAUUGUGGUUGAUUUAGUUGAACAUUAAGUCGCUCCGUUCAACGGGAAUGAAUAACUUUGUUGUUGAAUACCUUCUGUGGCAUUACCUUGGAAAGCGUUUUGAUGAAGUCAACCCGGAAGUGAUUAGUCAAUACAGAACCAUGAUUUAUACUCACCCUAAUCCCGGAAACCUCGCUAUGUAUAUGGAAGCUUAUUUGAAGUCAGUUUUGUCGGAUCCAAUUAUUUAAUUUUUCUUUGGUUACAGUCGUACGGAGAUUAUUGUCCAACAGCCGGCGAACGGAUCUGUUUCGUCUCCCAAUCACCCGAUCUUGAAAGUGCCCGUACUCCAGCUCGUUGGUUCGAGGUCCGCUUUCAUCGAGGAAACAGUUGAUUUGCAUUCGAAAUUAGAUCCCGCCCGAUCAGAAUGGAUCAAGAUAUCAGACUGCAGUGGACUGGUUUUGGAUGACAAACCCGAGAAGGUGACAGAAUCUUUGUUACUGUUCCUUCAAGGUCUCGGUUACUGUAUGUUUGUUUUUGCCAACGUGAAUAUUAAUUAUAUCAAUUCUAGUCACUCAGCUGAAUGUUCGUAAGGUGGUUGACAAGUUGUCUGAAAGUUACGAAUACGGUCGCUCCAAUGUUUGUGGAAUUGAAGCCGUCAAUGAACACAACCAUUCUGCGUUUUGA